AUGGAUACACUUGCUAAAUUUGAUAAAUUUCGAUACAGCUGCGGUGUCCGAGUGGUUAAGGAGAUGGACUUGAAAUCCAUUGGGUUCUACCCGCACAGGUUCGAAUCCUGCGCUUCAGAGUACGAGAUCGACAGGGUGAAUUUCGGCCGAUCCUGGUACAGAGAACGCUUGCGCGAUAUAGUUUCGGAGCCCAUAUCACUCAGAGUAAGGCGGCGCGCCGGCUUGCGCGCUCGCCUCGCCAUCGGCUCCGCGCCCAUCAUCACUCCCCUAAACCUUUCCAUCAAUAAAAAAGCUACCAAUUGUGUCUGUCACCUGUAUGUGAAGAAUGACGAUGUCAAUUUAUUAGUAUUCAUUCAGAACGAUCGCGUCAUCGCUCCCGUAGUGUCUUCCUUUGUUGUGUGA